UUUAUUCUGAUGAAGAAAAACUAAACUGAAUAGAGAACAUUCGCCUGGAUCGAGGCAAGAUAUCGAAGUCAUAAAUCCGAAUGAUACCUAGAAAAAGGUUUUAUAUUCGACACACGACCUUCGCACUUUGGCAGCAAAAACACAGAAUAUUAAGUAGAAAAAUUAUUCGCUUUCUACGUACAUACCCCAUCGAGCUGACCGUGUUGCGUCCACGCGUAAAAUACAUUUUACACGAUUAGCUAUACCUCGGAUGAGUGAAGUAGCACCAUUGGUAAGCCACGAAAUAAGAGGCAAUAACUAUGAACAAUUACACCCCCCUCCCCCCGGUUUUCUGCUGAUCAAAAAGGUUUAAUGAAAACUGGGGAAUUGAAAUAAUCAACAUUCCAAUCUUUGUCGGGUCCGAAAAAGAACUUAAAACAAAUUAUUUUUUUAAUCAUUUUUGUAUGUAUCAGCGAAUAAUAUGCUGAAGAGCAGACAGAUUCACUUAAGUUUUUUUAACAACAUACAAAAAAAGCAGAAUAAUGCAAACAAGUUCUGUCUCUGUUUAUCCAAAGUCUAAACGUCUGCUAGAGUUUUGUAAAGGUGUUUUAAUUGGCCUGAAUUAUAUGGCCAUUUUGACGUUUCUAAAUUAGUCUAAAUCCUUAAACUCAAUGCAAUUAAAUCGCCCACAAAUCCCUCCUUUCUUUUAACAAAUUUAUCGUAUGGUGUUUGUUGUGAUCAACUGUGGUGUUGUUCGUAUUGUUUAAGUAGAAACUCCACCUCGAUAUUGUAAUGCUAAGUAACCCAGACCAAUCGGUCAUCACUCAAAGAUAGCUACACGUUGGGGGUCCCAGCAAAAAUAAUAUUUUGCGAACUACAAGAAGGCCGUUCAAAAACAACAAAUGGCCGAGAAAAGUCCGCGAAGGCCGGCGAUUCCGGACUUUUCAGCAGAGAAACUGGAUUAUAAAGAAAGCUUAGCGCGGACGGACAACAAACGAGCAAAUAAUAGACUGAGGUUGCGAAAGGGAUACAUCCGAGGGCAAGAGAAUACGAAUUUAAGUUCAAUGAAUUACGAGAUGCGGAUGUUAAAGCACGAGUUAAGAGGCAUCAAGCAGAACUCGGGUUAUUUUGUAGUGGACGGGGACGGAAAAGGAGCAAGGCGAAGUGAGAGGAGGGAAACAAGGAAACGACAUGUAGUCGCAAAAUCACGGAGUCAAGAGGGCAAUAGUAAACACACGGCCCAGGAAAAUGGGUUACUGAACCUACCCGAUAUAACACUCAGAAAUACAAACCUGGCAGUCAUUAACAAUACUGAGCCACUCUCUGUGGUACCUGACGACAAACAGACUAAAGAUGCCAAGGAAUUAAAAAACAAAUGUCUUAUUCAAAAUAAUGCGAGCAUUGUGAAGACAGCGGAAAGUAAGCAGCGCGCGGCGUCUCCCGUAGGUAUCUCCAUAUCUCCUGCUCAAAGCCUUGACCGAGAGAAUAUUUUCGAGGAAAGUUCACUAAGACCAGAGUCUAGGGAAAUCUCUAAAUCGGAGUCCUGUUUAGUUACGGAUUUAGAGGCUGCGAGGGAUCGUAUACAGAAUCGCCUGGCGGGAAAACACAUGUCUAAAGAUGAUGGUGAUAUAACCCCAUACAUGCAUGUCCCGCCUGAUGGCCUACCGAGGACUGUGUAUUUACUACCGCCUAUGGAAGACUUGUUAGAAGAGGCGAAGAAAGCGCGGUACGUCAGGAAACUUAGGAGACGGUGCAAGGAGUUGGGAGAGGAUGACCCGGAGCGCGAACUCGAUAUUCAUGAAAUUUUUAGCAAAGAUAAGAGUUGAGUUUGUUAAAACGGUCUUUCUGGAAAAGCACAAUUGAUAUUUUUUUUACUAUCAGGAGUAAAUUUCAGCUUUAAGUUAAUUAGUUUAUCGGUUUUACAAAACGAAAAUAAUAAAUUCAUGGAUGCA